UUCAGUGCCCAGAUAAUGCCACGUCUGUACUGGAGGCAGGUACCCCUGCUGUACCCCUCACGCCCAGCAUGUGAUACCCGCCGCCGUAUAAUAACCCCGACGGAGAGCCUCCGGAGAUCCAAACACGGACAGAGAUCUUCAUCCUCCAGCCAGAGAUCCUUCAUCCUGAAGACUGAGAUGAAAGCUGGCGUUCCUCUGCUGGUCCUGCUGGCACUCGCAGGCUGGCACAGCGCUUUUUCGGCGUCCCUGGAUGUUUCUUUAUGGCAGGAGGUGUCCGACGUGACGGUGGAGGAGGUUCAUCUCCCACAGGAAACCGAAAUGAUGAGAGACGACGGCGCUGAUCAUGUAAACACGACCCGAGAGGACGAACCUGCAGAUAAAGAUAAAGAAGACAGACGACAGACAGAUAAAGAAGCCGAAGCAGCAGCAGAACUGCAGGUGGAGACUCUGGACACGUCCUGGAACUCCACAGGCACGUCUGAUGGACCCGUCGAGUUUACUUCUGAUAAUUCAGAUGAGAGCACAGAACACGUGGGAGAUUUUACUCCGACUCCAGCAUCGUCCAUCCAACACGCCAGAACAUCUACUGACUCGUCGAGCAAAGAUGAUCAUACAGAAGUGGCUGAAUGGUACAGAAGAUGAUGUGAAAGAGACGAAGGAGGAAUGAGAAUGUGAUGUAUAAAUAAAUAAAGGAAUAAUAAGUGGU